CGGGGGCCCUUCCUUCUCACCUCCUCACUGUACUGCGGAGUUGAGUUAGGUCAGGGACCCUUUAGGAGCGCUAUUUCCAGAGACAAAGAUGGUGAAAAUCGGAGUUAACGGAUUUGGCCGUAUUGGCCGUCUGGCCACCAGAACUGCAGUGAUGUCUGGAAAAGUCCAGGUUGUGGCUAUCAAUGACCCCUUCAUUGAUCUGAACUACAUGGUCUACAUGUUCAAAUAUGACUCCACUCAUGGCCGUUUCCAUGGUGACGUGAAGGCCGAGAAUGGAAAACUGGUGAUCAAUGGAAAUGCCAUCACAAUCUUCCAAGAGCGUGACCCUGCAAACAUCAAGUGGGGAGAUGCUGGUGCAGAAUAUGUUGUGGAAUCCACUGGUGUGUUCACUACCACAGAGAAGGCCAGCGCUCACUUGAAGGGUGGUGCUAAGCGUGUUGUAAUCUCUGCCCCAUCAGCUGAUGCUCCCAUGUUUGUGAUGGGUGUCAACCAUGAGAAAUACGACAAGUCUCUGAAAAUCGUCAGCAAUGCUUCUUGCACCACCAAUUGCCUUGCUCCCUUGGCCAAGGUCAUCAAUGACAACUUUGGCAUUGUGGAAGGCCUCAUGACCACAGUCCAUGCCAUCACAGCCACACAGAAGACUGUAGAUGGUCCCUCUGGGAAGUUGUGGCGAGAUGGCAGAGGAGCUGCUCAGAACAUCAUCCCAGCGUCCACAGGUGCAGCUAAGGCUGUUGGCAAGGUCAUCCCUGAGCUGAAUGGAAAACUCACAGGGAUGGCUUUCCGCGUCCCCACUCCAAAUGUUUCCGUUGUGGACUUAACAUGCCGCUUGGAGAAACCAGCCAAGUAUGAUGACAUUAAGAAGGUUGUGAAGGCAGCUGCUGAUGGCCCAAUGAAGGGUAUCCUGGGAUACACCGAGGAUCAGGUUGUCUCCUCUGACUUCAAUGGUGACACACAUUCUUCCAUCUUUGACGCAGCUGCUGGCAUUGCUCUCAACGAUCACUUUGUCAAGCUGGUCUCCUGGUAUGACAAUGAAUUUGGAUACAGCAACCGUAUAGUAGAUUUGUUGGUUCACAUGGCAUCUAAGGAGUAAAAGCAGAGUACCAUUUUUUCCCCUUAAAACUCGCUCUAAUCUUGCAGUAAGAGGCUUUCUCCAUUCCAUCUGCCUCUGAGGAAGUGGAGAGGCUGGAAGAAACGUGAAUGUUUCAGUAACAUCUCCCCUCUCAAUAAAGUCAUCACUGUUGAAAA